UUAUUUAUAUUUUUUUAAAUCUGACCUGCUCCCCAUUGAAACCUGACAUCCAACAGUCCCUGAAUGCAUCACCAGAUAGACCAGAACUUUGGGCCCGGAGGUUCUCAGGAUCUCGGUUUGCCUGCAGGAAGUCAGUGACCGGCACUAACGACCGCCUCGGUGACACCGGCGGCUAAUUUACGACCGUUGGUCCAGACACAAAGAGACGGAGACAAACAGGCAGAGAAACCAGCCAGCCACUGAACUUUACAUCUGAUUAACGUUCUGGCAGCUCAACCCGCCUGAAGGAUCACUGAGUCCUGAACCCAGAUAGGGAGCAGAACUGAAACUUUAAUCCUGGAAUGUGAAUUUAGCUCAAUCUGCAUCUGUUUUUAUACAUUUGAGUUAUUUUCUGCUCCAUGAAAGAAGAAACACCCGGCGGCUCCACUGAUUUAAAAUGUUUCAUGCAAACAUCAAGAAAGAACCGAAGCGCCACUCAGACUCAGCAGGGUGGGUUUGAUUUAAGCCCCAGGGCGGCGCAGCGGGGCGGGGCUCACCUGCCGCUGCUGUGACCCCGGCAGCGUGUCGGCGUCCGGGCGGUCCGGUGGUGGGAGGUCUGUGUCAGAGCAGCAUCUCUUUUCAUUGUGUCGCCCACAUUCCUGCCAGCUGAUUGGCCGGCGGGAUGUGGUAGCCUAGCAACGGGCAGAUAUCUCCCAGCAUUCCUCUGAGUUGUGCGGCGUCCCUGAGGACCUGGAGGCAGAUCAGCAGCAUCCCACUCAGCCUGCAGCGAGGGAAGGAGACGGGGAGGAAGUUCUGUGGUGCUGAUCGGGCAGAAGAGCCCAGAAAACAGACUCAUGCAGAGAUGAUCCGCCUUUUCUCUGUGAGGAACUGACCAAUCACCAGGCAUGAUGAUGCCAAAGCAGCCGGCUCAGACGUCUCCUGGGAGCGUCUUGUCGCUUAGAGGCCCCAGCGUUCCUGGAUCUCCUGCCGCUGCCAUCGUGGCCAGGGUGGAGGACGGCGUCAUCGGCUACAAGGAUCUGGCUGCGCUGCCCAGGGACAAAGCCAUCCUGGACAUUGAGAGACCCGACCUGAUGAUCUACCAGCCGCACUACAGCUACAGCCCACUGGAGAGGUCUCUGUCUCCUCGCUCCAUCUCUCCUCCUCUCUCCCCAGAGAACCUGUCCAAGGAGUCCAGGGACUGGCUGGAGAACCGGUCCCCUGGAGCUUCUUCCCCUUGUUCCACCAUCCAGAGCAGCAGGACCCACAGCUCACACACGCCGUCGAACACGCCGAGCACGCCCAGCGCACACCCCGUGGCCGCCAAGACCGCCAUGCAGCACUUCCACCGGCCCGAAAACGGCGCCAAUAUCUAUAAGAAGCCUCCCAUCUACAAACAGGACGUGCCGUCCUCGGCGCUCCCUCAGGGGAAACACAUCGAGGAUCUGAUCAUCGAGUCCUCAAAGUUCCCGGCAGCUCAGCCUCCGGACCCAAACCAGCCCUCCAAGAUCGAGACCGACUCCUGGCCCUGCCCCCCCUCCCUGGCUGUCAUCGAGAAGGAGUGUAAGAAGAAGGAGCAGACGGAGGAGGAGGAGGAGGAGGAUGACGAGCUGUGGGGACUGCGGGCGCUGCAGAAACAGGAGCUGAAUAAAAUCCAGUCCAACCUGGGGAGGAUCAUCCUGAAGGAGGAGCUGGGCAAGACUGCAGGACCGCUGAGGAGGAAGACCCGCUCUCUGCCGGACCGGAACCAGAACCCUGGGUCCAACGCCUCCAAGUCGGUGUAUUUCCCAGCAUCCUCCAGGAGCGGCCUGUCCAGGCUGCAGUCUGCAGAGUUCAGCUCCUCAGAGAAAAACCCAACAGACAUUGAGGUGACGAGUAUUUGUGUCCCUCUGUCCCUCUGCAGGGCUCCAGAACGGAGACUCCAGGAUGGACCGGGGCAACUCCCUGCCCAGCAUGCUGGAGCACAAGGUGUAUCCGUACGAGACGCUGGUGGUGACGCACAGAGGACGCAGCAAGCUGCCCCCCGGGGUGGACCGGACCCGACUGGAGAGACAUCUCUCCCAGGAGGAGUUCUUCAGCGUCUUCGGGAUGCCCAUCGAGGACUUCGACCGCCUCUCCCUCUGGAAGAGGACCGAGAUGAAGAAGAAGGUCUGCCUCUUCUGACCCAGAACCGCCCGCUCUUCCCGGGUCGGCCAAACGGACUGUGAGCGUGAUCUGCAGGCGGCGCCGUGGACUCUUUGGUGUGUGGCUGUCGUCUCCGGCGCCUGCGGGUUUGCAGGGAGGCGUGAAGCGGGUUUAGAGUUCUGCUGCACACAUGGCCGUCACCGGUUCUGGGUUCUGGAGCUGCAGACCACCGGCUUCACUAAACUAGCUGCCGAGCACAAAGAGAAAAGACUCUACCAGGCAGGAAGCUGCAGGGUUCUGGUCCGCUGGUUGUGUAGCGGUAUGGACCGCUCUGCAGUCCCCCUGAAAUCCUCCACAGACGGCAGAGAAACACUCAACAUUCCCGCUGACCCUGAGUCAGUUUUCAGCAGAUAAAUGUGGGGGCCCUCUGAAAGGGGCCGUCCCAUUGGCUUAGCCAGCUAUGAUGUCACAAUGACGCCGUUUCGUUCCCAGCACUGAAGAACAGACACGAGGAGACGGUUUGACCGCGGUCACUCGGGCUGAAGCUGGAACCCAGCACGAGCCGGCCGGACCCGGGGUCCCUCAGGUCGGAUCAGAACCGGAUCAGAACCAGAGAAGAACCCUUCAUGCAGGCAUCUUCUCUGGACAGCCGCCUCCGAAACUUACAUGAUUGAUGAAACCGGACUGAGCGGUUCUGGUCCAGAUCAGGUGGAUCCAGGUCUAUGCAGAAUGCAGCAGACCGGGUCAGCUUCAGUCCGAGCUGCCAUCAAACCUUCAGCUCCUCGUUUUUCUGUCUCCUCAGCAGAAACCACUGCCACCCCCCCGCCCCACACACACACACACACACACACACAGACACAUAUCCUGGUUUUAAUGCAAAGUGAGGACCUUUCCAUUUUCAACCCUUUCUAUGACCAAACCCUGAACCAGAACCUGAACCCCAGCCCGGAAAAGCUCCUCACUUUGCAUCAACUUUACCAGUAAAAUGAGCAAAACCAGUUCCCACUGAGCAGCAGCUACCAGAACACCCCCCCCCCCCCCCCCCCCCAGAGGCGUCUGCAGCGGUCAGACAUCCAUCAGCAGGACGUUCAGUUCAGCUCCUGCUGCUUCGUGACCAAAUGAUGUGCAGCUAGUUUUUAACCUCCUUCGACCAAGUGGCAUGUUUGUUAUCAAUUCCUCUAAAAACGUCAGGAUGAGUCGGAAACAACCAGGAAGAUGGGAAGAAAAAGGACUUCUCUGGGAUUUUGGGACAGGAAGUUUCACUUUAACUGGGAUUGAAUCACUUCUGUGAACCAACAUCAGCACUCAGAGUCCAAGUCAUUCGUUUCCACAAAGCCGCGGCGUUAUUCCUCAGCAGCAGCCGGAUUAACAAGCCGCCUCUGGAUCCGAGUCUGCUUCCGAGUCUGGAUCCGAGUCUGGAUCCGAGUCGGGACUGAACCGGAUUUAAAGGGGACUCGUCACCGAUUUCAUCCAGCAACGAGUCAAAGUCAGGCUGACAGCAGGCUGGACAGAAAGCAGAGGCAGAAAUAAAGCUAAAGCUAGAAAAAUGCGAUGUCAGAACGCUGCAAGGCAGGAGCUGCUGUCUCUAUUUCAUGUUUAUUUCUACCAAAUGAUCCAUUUAGGUCUAACAAUCAAUGUGUUGAGUCCAGUUUAUCUAAAUCAGCCAAUAGCUGCAGAGGAAAAAGCAAACAGGAAACAGCAUCAACAAAAGUUCAAAAA